GGAUCAUAUGAGUGUGUGUAUCAUCUUGAUGAACUUGUGUGUAUCAAGGUUAUUUACAGUUGAAAUUCAUAAUAAAAAAAGAUGUAUGAGACGGAUUAGCACUAUAAUAGUGAUAAAUCAAAGGAGUAUCAACAUAUUGUGGACUAUAUACUUCAUAUAAUCUAUAGAAGAACACAACAAAAAUAUACCUACGUAAUAAUAUUAUCACAAUCAUUAUUCUCUGAGUGCAGUUAAUGAAACGAGAUCGGAUUCUCUAUGUUGUUGAAGAAGAACAUAGUGGAAGUUCAGAUCACAGAGAUGGAUUUAAACUUAGCUUUCAUACUGGUUCUUAUCCAUCUCAAAUGUUUAUUGAACUUCAAGAAUUGGUACCAAGAGUUGAAGGUGGAUUACAAUUUGAUGAAUCCAUCUUUAAAAUGCCAGUAACAGCACAUUUCCGUGUUCUUUGGCUAGAAACUGCAAGAUGGGUAAAUUUUGAAGAAAAUUUCAAUGAAGUUGAACAACGUUUCACUGAAGCGCAUGUACCUCCAAUGAAAUUUUCUUGUAUAAACAAUUUUCGAGAUAAAUUAUCACAAUACUUGAAAAUUAUACACAGUGAUGCACUUACACUUGGUCAAGCUCUUGAUGAAGUUGCAAAGUUUGCACUUUCUCAAGAUUGUAUUCAAGGCAAUGAUCAGUAUGAUGUACUUCGGGCUAUUUUAUUUGCUGAACGUUGGCAUCCAGAUGUUAAAGGUCAUAUUUCUGAUGAAGCUGAAUUUGAACAAUAUUGGGCAGGAUACCUACCUGAGGGUGUUAAUCCUGCUUACGAAAAUGACGAUGGAAAGAGAGCUUUAAGAAACUUUAAAUUGGGAUCAGCUCGAUCAUCCAUUUCUUCGUUAUCUGCUGAUGUUAAGAAACCGGCAUUUUUACAAAGAGCCUCUGUAGCAGCAAUGGGAUGUAGAAAUAAGAAAAAUACUUCUAUAAGUAGAGGAUCUGUUUCAACAAAUGAUUUCAAACCUAAGCUUUCCCUAGGCAGUAGAGAACAAGGAAGCAGUUCACUUUCUAAAGCGCUUAGUAUUCAUCAUGAAUAUCAACAUCCAUAUCAUCGAUAUAAUCAACCAUUAACUAAUUGUAUGUCAACUGGUUCAGAAGCCUGUACUGUUAUUUGUGGACAGGUGGAAUUUUUAAAAGCACCAAUUGUUAUCCUGCUAAGAUUAAAUAAAAGUAUUCAACGUUCAUGUAUUUCUGAAGUGGAUAUUCCUGUACGCUUUAUAUUCAUUUUUAUUGGACCACAAAUUGAUGAUUGGAAUUAUGCUGAAUUGGCUCGAAUAUUUGGUGUCAUGAUGACUAAUGAUGCAUUCCGUGUAUCCACCUAUGAUGCGAAUACUGUCGAUGAUCUUAUUAAAGCAAUUGACAUUUUUAUGCAAGAUUCAUUGGUAUUGCCGCUUUCACGUCAUUACAAUGCAAAUGCUCUGGCUGGAAUGACGCGACAGAUUGAAGCCUAUCGAAGAGAAACAGUAAUUGAAAGAGACGUUGAUCGACGCGUACGAGCUUUAUUUACAGUAAGAAGAGCCAAUGAACAAUCACAGAACAACUUAGUUAAUGGAUCAUUCCCUCAACCUUCAUUCAGUGUUAAACAACAAGAUGGUGUAAUAAAACCUGAUGGAGAUAAACCAACAGUUCAACCAACUGAAAUUGAAACACCAAAACCUUCAAAACGUCAAAACUUUCUACGUGAUUUUUGUCCACCAUUUAUUGAAUUAGCUCGAGGUAUUAAACCAUGGAUUAAACGUAUGCCAGGAGAUUACAAAGAUGCUGUGAAAAAAGAAAAUAUAGGCAUAGUAUUUGGCAGUGUGCUAUUCAUUUAUUUUGUCAAUUUGUCUCCAUCAAUUACAUUUGCUGCAUUAUUAAAUACACAAGUUGAUCCAUCCUACACUGUGACACUAACACUGUUAGCAGUUGGAGUAUACUUGAUACUUUUUACACUUUUAUCUGGUCAACCACUAGCAAUAAUUGGUAUAUCUGCUCCUAUAUACAUUGUUGAAUCGUCACUGGUAUCAAUAUCAAAGAGUACUGGAGUCGAUUUCAAACAGCUGAGAGUAUGGACUGCAUUCUAUUGUGCUAUAUUUGGUUUUUUAUUUGUUGGAUGUAAUAUGUCUGGUAUAGCUAAUCAUAUACGCAGAUCAGUCGAAGAAGUCUACAAUUCAUUUAUUGGAUUCUUUUUUUUAUUGAAAGCUCUUUUUACAAUGUUUUUAUUAAUUCCUUCCAAACCAAAGGAUAACUCCAUAGCUGCCAGUUUGUUUUAUUAUCAGAGAUUAGCUGUAGCUGGAGUUACUUUAUUUUUGGCAUUUAUCAUGCUUCAGUUUUGUUUGAUUCUUGCUCAGUUGAAAAGAGGAAAUUAUUUCAGAAGAAAUAUUCGAAAACUUUUAGGCGCAUUGAAUGUACCUCUGGGUAUGCUAUUAAUUACUGGAUUAGAGAGAAUAUUUUUUAGAGGUUAUAAUUUACCAACUGUAAAUAUACCUCCAUCAAAUCAAGUGAAUGCUUCAACAUGGAUGAAUUCACCAAAUUUUUCACGUUUAUUAGACUACAGUAAAGCUCCAUCUACACUUAUCCAUGGUACUUCAGCGGCUCUUGGAAUAGCUUUAGCAAUAAUUAUUUUUACUGAAGCUGCUUUAAAUGGUCUAACAGCAAUGAAAAAUAAAGCUGCAAAACCGAAUAUUUUUGUAAUGGAUUUAAUAUUAUUACAAAUUGCAUUCCCAAUUAUUAGCGGACUUACUGGUUGGCCUUUUGUGUCUGGUACAACAGUUCGUACACUAAGCAAUCUUGUUGCAUUAGUUAAAAUGGAUCAAAGUCCAGCACCCGGUAUGCCACAUAAAAUUAUUGGAACUGUCGAACAACGUGUCAGUGGGGUAUUUGUUGGACUUCUGGUGGCUCUAUCAAUUUUUCUAGGAUCCAUAUUGAGUCAUAUUCCUCUUGCUGCUUUAUAUGGCAUGUUUCUUUAUAUGGGUGUAAUGGGUUUGCGAGAUUUACAGUUUGUUUUAAGAAUUUGCUCAUUAAUGAAACGUCGAAAACAUUGGGAGGACUGGGAAUGUGUUCGAGGUCUACCCAGCCGCCAUAUACUAGUCUUUUCACUAAUUCAAGCCGCAGUUGUUCUGAUACUGGUUAUCCUGAAUAUUAUUUCUGAUUUUACGCCUCUCAACUAUGUUGGCAUUAUUUUCCCAGUUGUUAUCCUUUUCUAUGGUCUUAUUCGUGAGUUUGCCCUACCAAAAUGGAAAUGGUUAGCCUUAUAUCUUCAUCAGCUUGAUCGUAAAUAUAAACUAAAUCCAAGUACUAUGCGUAAACCAUCAUCUGCAGUACGUAAUUUAUCUACAGUUCGUAAAGAAAGUAUUGCUAGUUUUGCAUCUGGUGGGCUAACUGUUACAUCACAAUUGAAGGCCAACAACUUUAUUGAAUAUAUAAAUGAUCAUGAAACAACUUCAUACAGUGAUUUUAGUGAACAUGAAGAUGGUGUCGUACGACGGACUUGGGCAACAUAAUAAGUACAUAUAUAUGCAUAUAUUUGUCUAUUGAAAGAAAAUCUCUUCCUUUAUAUUUCUCUGAAGAAAAAAAAAUAGAAACAAAAUUAAUCGAAAUAAUGAGUUUCAUUCACUGUGUUCUAUUUUCGGUUUUCACCUAUCGUUCUUUUAUUUUACAUUAUAAUGUAGUCGUAUUACUCAUAGAUCAGUAGGCAGAGAAGAGGUAUUUUUAGUAUAUUUAUUUUUUUGUAGAUAUGAAUACAAAUCAUUACACUCUCGUUAUUCCAAUCUAUCAUUACUAUUAUUAUUAUUACUUAAGUCUUUAAGUCUUAGAUGACGUCGCACACCCGCUUAUCUCUCACGUCUAUCCGUCUUCCUAUACAAAAGAAUAGAAACACGGUCGUCAUUAUCAUUUUACAGGUUAUGAUUAUUAGUUUGUACAAGUGUAUACAAUAAUGUAACUCUUAACUGCAUAUCCUUCUUUGUGGAAUUUUGAUGCUUGUGCAAAUAAAAUGUGCCUGGAUACACUUUACACAUACACACACACACUCAUGCCUGCCUACUACAUACAGACAUAUGCACAACUCGUAAUUGUACAUGUAUAGGAAUUAUAUAUACAUACGCAUAUAUACAAGAUUUCUUAUCCCAUUCCAUGUUGAUUCUGUUCACAUUCUUCCACAUAAUAAUGAAUGCCCUAGUGUUUGUUUUCUGUUUGGAGUUUUCCCCAGUUUUCUACCAUGAAAUUUAUCGCACAAUAAUUUAGCAUUUGUUUGUGAAAAGAAUUCCACUAUACACACACACACACACAAUUGGUUGCUUAUUUUUGAAUCUUACACCAUAUUUUUGUGCCAUCUGUUUAGUUCACCACAUUGUUCCUUCGUUUUCUAUCAUUAUUAUUAUUAUUGUUAUUGUCCCUCAGUUUUUUCACUCAUGUCUGUUGUAUAAGCCGAUUGUUAGCAGAUAGGGAAUUUAUAUAUACAAUGGAAUGAAUGGAUCAAAUGCCAAAUUAAGAAAAUAACAAUAAUAAUAAUAAUACUUUACACUAAAAUUUUCAACUUAUUUUUUCACACAUAUUUGUAUUUGGUUCACAAUACACACAUAUACAUACACACAUACCAUGGUUUAAAACUUGUUCGAAUAUAUAAUGGAAAAAUAACAAUAAUUCAACUAUUUUGUAAUAAAA